GGUGGCCAACCCACUAAGCCGCAAGAAUACCAAGCUGCAGGCAUCAUAGUAACAUACUAAUAAGAGAAAGAGAUCACAGAAGAGAGUACGGAGAAAGAGAGCUAAAAGGAUGAGCUUUGGAGUAGUAGUUCCUGGGAGCAGCAGCCGAGCCCUCCAUCCCUGCCCAAACCACCUCCAAGCCCACCUCCCCGCCACCAGAAUCGGCGGCGACGGCGGGGCGUGGCGAGUGGCUCUGAGGAGGAGGGAGAGGGGAUGGGCGGCGGGGCUCAGCUCUUCCUCCUCCUUCUCCUCCUCCUUUAGGACCCUGGCGGCCGUGGAGGAAGGGGGGUUCGUGGGGGCGAAGGGGAGCCUCUACGAGCUCCUGGGGAUCUCGGAAGGCGGGAGCUACGACGAGAUCAAGAAGGCCUACAAGCAGCUAGCGAGGAAGUACCAUCCCGACGUCUCGCCACCCGACCGGACGGAGGAGUACACCCGACGCUUCAUCGAGGUCCAGGAGGCCUACGAGACGCUCUCCGACCCCGGCCGGAGGGCGCUCUACGACUGCGAUUUAUGUCGGGGCUUUCAUCUUGCCUUCUCCACCAGGAAGCGAUUGGACGAGGAGUUGGAUGAGAGAUCUGGUUGGAGGAACCGUUGGCAGGAUCAGAUUGCAGAGUUAGGGCGGAGGAGCAUGAACAAGGAUGCAGAGGAUAACCUAUCUUGGGGAGCUCAAAUGCGCAGGCGAAGAGCUGAAUCAUCUAUUGAAUAGGGGUUAUCAGCCUACACCCUCCUAUGGAAUCACUUGACAAGCUUACUGAAGUCAUGCACCAUUUCUUUUGUGGAUUCGGAUGAGAAAAAGGAGGAAAAAGAAAAGCUUUAUAUUUUGAUCGACCCAUGCCACAUGGAGUUAUUUUCCUUUUGCAAAUUUCUGUCAGCAUGAACCUGUUAAUUUGACUUUUCAUCCUCCAAUGUAAAUACUUAACUCCUUUUAGAUGUGUAUAUAAUGGAGCUCUAUGUAUUUUUAUAACUGUGCUGUUUUAGUUAAAACAUUAUAUUCAUUU